AUGGUAGAUAAUAUUGUAGGCUUCAAAUAUAACAAUAUGCGUGUCAGAUAUCGAUUUCUAGAUGACUUUUCUUAUUGGGAGAAAAUCAUGCACAUGAUAGAGAAAGAAAAUUAUAGAAAUAACUAUAAUAUAUAUUGCUCUUCUAUUGUGAAUGUAUAUAAAGGAAAAGAUAAAACUGUAUUUAUUAAAGAAAUAUGCCUCAAAUCCUUUUCAUGCUUUUAUGAUAUGCUUAUUUCGCAAAAAAAUACCAAUUAUAGAGAAGCAGGAUGCAGAUAUUUUCCUUAUUGGUUGUACUAUAUUCUGAAAAAACACAAUUGCAGUAACGAUACAGUACAGAUUUACAAAACAUUGUUGAACACAUAUGUCUAUUAUAUGCGCGUGUCAAGUACAUUUUGUACUGAAUAUGUGAAUAAAUUAACCAACGAACAAUUGGAGGAUCUUAUAUCUAUAUAUAAUACCUAUAAAUGCAUUAAAAAAACAGAAACAAAUGAUGCAUCUCAGAAUAACAAUGAAUAUUGCAUUACAUUAAAAAAAAUUAUAGAUAAAUAUCAAGAAUCUAUAAUACAAAAAGAUCAUGACAGAGCUAAACUGCAAAAAUGUACAACUGAAAUAAAUAAUAAACAAGAAAUAGGAUGCUCUUGUCGAUCCAAUAUUGUAAAUACUAUUGCAACUACAAUAAUUUUAACUUUACUAAUAUUGCUUUUUUUGUUAUUCAUGUUUAAGUAUACUUCAUAUGGUUCCUUAUUGUGCCAUAAAAUAAAAAGGAUAAGAAAAAAGCUAGAUAAUAUUUCUAAUAUACGGAAUAUACGGAAAAGAACCGAAUUACCCAUAAAUAUGCUUAACAGUGGGAUCUAUGAUAUGCUGUACAACCAAUCCUAA